CGGUCCACACCAGCCAUGCCAAAUAAAAGCAAGAGAAAAAAAACACCAAAACUGGUGAAAAGUGGAAAAAGUUCAAAAGAAGGACAAGAUACAGCAGAAGCAGAGAUAGCCAGUGGGAAAAACAGCCUCUCAGCUGUCCAGUCUUUGACAUCUACUAAAAUAAAAGUACUAGUUCCUCAGCCAAUCGUAGUCCCUGUGAAGAAAGACAAAUGGCAGAACUCUUCACGGUUUAAUGCCAGCAAUAACAGAGAACUGCAAAAACUCCCAUCUUUACAAGAUGUUCCUCCUGCGGGUCAAAAGAAGCUUUUCAUCCAGAAGCUAUGUCGUCAAUGUUGUGUCCUCUUUGACUUUGCUUCUGACCCACUGAGUGACCUGAAGUGGAAGGAAGUAAAGCGAGCUGCGCUAAGUGAAAUGGUGGAACCUAUCACCCACAACCGGAACAUGAUCACAAAGCCCAUUUAUCCCGAAGCCACCCACAUGUUGGCAGUUAAUAUGUUUCAAACCUUGCCACCCUCUUCCAACCCUACGGGAGCAGAAUUCGACCCAGGAGGAGAUGAACCAACGUUGGAAGCAGCCUGGCCUCAUCUGCAGCUUGUUUAUGAAUUUUUCUUAAGAUUUUUAGAGUCUCCAGAUUUCCAGCCUAAUAUAGCAAAGAAAUAUAAUGAUCAGAAGUUUAUAUUACAGCUUCUAGAACUCUUUGACAGUGAGGAUCCUCGGGAGAGAGAUUUUCUAAAAACAACCCUGCACAGAAUCUAUGUGAAGUUCUUAGGCCUGCGUGCUUACAUCUGUAUCUAUGAGACAGAGCACCACAAUGGCAUAGCAGAGUUACUGGAGAUCCUGGGAAGUAUAAUUAAUGGAUUUGCCUUACCACUAAAGGAAGAGUACAAGAAUUUUCUGUUGAAGAUGUUGCUGCCCUUGCACAAAGUGAGGUCCCUGAGUGUCUACCAUCCCAAGCUGCCGUACUGUGUCGUGCAGUUUUUAGAGAAGAACAGCACCCUCACUGAACCAGUGGUAAUGACACUUCUCAAAUAUUGGCCAAAGACUCACAGUACAAAAGAAGUAAUGUUCUUAAAUGAGUUAGAAGAAAUUUUAGAUGUAACUGAACCAUCAGAAUUUGUGAAAAUCAUGGAGCUUCUUUUCUGACAGUUAGCCAAAAAAUGGAGACAGCAGACCCAGUCCCAGGCAAUUACUAAGCAGGUUCACGGGGAGAGAGGGCAUUUAGUCCUUGAGGUACGACAACCAUGCCUAUCGUCCAGCAAUUCUGCAAUCCGGCCGGACUCGGACGUAGAAACAAACCCGAGACUGCGGCAUGGAGAAUACACGAGCAAGCCUGUCUCCCCUCCCCCGCUCCAUUCCCGCGGGAUUGGAGUAGCGCUGGGUCGCUGA